AAACAGAGAAAACUUUACUUUCAAAAUUCAAAGUACAAUUUAAAACUCCUAAAAUUAGCACUAAUUUCUUCAAACCCAAAUCCAACCCAACUAUUACUAAAAAUAUAGUUAAAGCAUUUGAUACAAUCGAACCAAAAGAAACAAAACAAACUCUAUCAAAUUCCUUAACAAUUGAUGAUGAUGAUAUAAUUAUGUCUAACUCCAAUACAAACCAAGAACCUCUUAAUAUUAACCAAGAUACUAAAAACCCUAUUUCUGAACCAAACCUAAACCAAACCUCUGCUACUUUACCUUUAACAACCUCUUAG